CGGCGAUGAACGACGAGGUAGCGGAAAAUAGCGGCAGGAAAGACUUUUCGAUUGAGCCGUGGUUCCACGGUGGGUACAGCGAUCUUCAUCUGAAUGGAGCCUUCUGCUCGGAGAGGGCUGCUGAAAUGGGUCUAGGCCAAUUGAUCCUUGCCGAGAGGUUUGCAGUAAACCAUCUCCCAACCGCAGGAUGAUGGCAGUGACUGGCAUUUGAUGGGUUUUGCGACGUGAUGUUUUCUUAGAAUAUCCC